AUAAAUUGAACUAAGUUUAGAUAAUUCUAUUUCACCUUCCUCUUUUUAAUAGCUGUAUGUUUGUGGAAGAGCAGUACUAUUGCCUCUAUGUCAAAAUACAUUUCCUAAAUUCUUAAGGCUUUUUUCUGCUUUUUAGAGACCUGAAUUUCUACGUGGUUUGUUAAUUGCAGUGGCUAAGGAAAGAUAUAUGGAAUCCAAUUUUGUUUAACAGCUUUAAUAAUAAAAUAGAGAAAGCUUGUUCCCUGUACUGGAGCUUGUGAAUACAAACCCUGACUGCUUUUGGUUUGGGGGUCAUGAAGAAGUAUAAGCUGUCUGUGGUAUGUGUGAAUCCAAAGUGUGUACCUGAUUAUGGGAGGUUGUUAAGGCUGUGGGUCAGAAAAUAAAUCUUGGUGAUACAGAAGGAAGGAAAUGAUAAAUCUUCUGAGUGGGAUGCACGAAUCAAUGGUAUGUGUGUAUGGAUUCUGCAGUGACUGGGGCAUAGAAACAGAAGAUUGAAGCUUUUCAAUUAACAGUAUCAGUUAAUAGACAACUUAUUGUACAUACCACAUCCCGGCCUGGCUGUGCAAUCAACAGGAAAGAUAAGAAGGUCAAACAGGAAGAGCUGUGCUGGAGUCAGUUCUGACCAGAGCGGAGGAAGGCACAGAUCUGCCUGCUGUUUACUGGCAUGUUGCAGCAAGUCCUACGUGGAAAAGAUCAUUGAUACAUGUAAUGUUAAUCAUGUCACUGUGAGGCACUGCAAAUGAUGGCAAGUUUGGCAGCAGGAGGUGGCAUGUCUGUGCCCAGCUCUGAUGGCACCAUGGAGGAGGGAACCUCUGCUCCUACUUCAGAGGGAAAGCAAGGCAGUAACUUGGAAAGGAAUGAAACAGAGCAGGGUAUGUGCGUGCCUAGCUGGGAAUGUGAGUCAGCCAGUGCUGCCAUGAGCACUGCCAGGGAUGGAGACAAGACAGACACGCUGCAAGAACGAAUGGAUUAUCCACAAAAUGGAAAAUACACAAAUGUCAGUUCAAGGACCCUUCCCAGUCAAGCUGAGAAUUUUCCAACUGAUAUCUCCUUGAAGUUAACAAUGGUAAGGCGCAAGAGUGGAUGUCCUGAUCCCAGACUCCAAAGACACCUCAGAGAACAGCUCCGUCUUCUGGAAAAUGACAGCAGGGAGGUCAUGGCAGUUUUCAGUGAGCUCUCUGCUAGAUUGCUCUCAAUUCACAGUGAUCAAGAUCUAAUAGUGGUGACAUUUAAAACUUUUGAAGAAAUAUGGAAGUUUCUAACUUAUCACUCACUGGGUUUUAUAAAUCAUUGCAUGGAGAACUUAUUCCUAGAUCAGUCCUUCUGGCUCUGUUCUCAAGAGGAGGAGGAAACAGGCAUUGAAGUGUGUGUAAAUGAAAAAUCAUUGAAGAUGAUGUACAGAAGUCUACUAGUACAAGAAGGGGCAUUUUUUGUUUUACAUCCUGACAAUCUGGUAACAAAGAUAACGGCUACAGACUGCGAAACGAACACUUAUUUUGAGACUGCAGCUUUUACUGAAGAUGUAACAGAUGGAUCUGUGGAUGGUGACAUGACCAUGCUGUCUAACAUUUCUCUGGAGCCACUGAUCCCUUUUCAUCAAUGGUUUCUUAAGGUGUAUUCUGAUCCUGUUGAUUUUACAUACAAAACUGAAUGUAAAUCCAUCGGGCAAGUUGCAACAGGAUCCUGUCUAGCUGUGAUGAAUUAUGAAAGUACCGUGCCUGAAGAGAUUAGUUUCCAGGAAGGAGAUGAAAUUGAGAUCCUUGGUUACCUCGUUGAAUGCAUGGAAUGGUUUGUUGGAAGACAUCUACUUACUGGCCAAAUAGGUUUUGUAAAGACGAAUUCUGUUAAACUGGACUUACCUGGAAAUACAGUACAAGACCUGGAUUUCCUUAAAGCAGAAGAGCUGUCUUGUUUUUCAAAAGAAAAACAAUUAGAAGAAGUGGUACAUUUGUUGAAGCAAACCUCAAUCACAGAUGUUUGCUCUGUGUAUAGAAUAGACCAGUUAGAAGAACAGGAAUUUCAGAAAACUCAUGAAUGUGAAAUUCCAUGUUCACACUCUAACAUGGUAUACAGUAGCAAGAAUGGCAAGAUAGAAGAAUUCUUAAAGAACUUCAAGAAUUUGGAGGUCACACGGGCAGAAGGGCCAGCUACUGAAGGAAAGGAUUCUGCCAGGUCUCCAAAUCAGGAAAUCUUUCCUCCACCUGCAGGACCUUGCUUCUACAUCUAUCAAGAUGAUGGUCAAGCAUCUGAUGUCUUUGAGUCAUUGCUACUCUUCUUAAAUACGGAAGAGUAUGAGAGAGAUUUCAAAAACCUGUAUGAUUUCUCUUAUCCGUUUAUUAAUAGCAUGUUUUAUGGCUUUUCAGAAGAAGAUGAACUGGUUAGCUUUUUUAGCAUAGCAAGGGAGUUAGCAAAGAAAGCAGGUAUGUCCUGGGCACUAGCGAGGCUAUGCUUUCUACUAGGCAGGCUAAGUUUUAAAAAAGUGAAGUUUUCUCAAGCACGGGUUUAUUUUGAAGAAGCAUUGGGGGCAGUAACUGGUGGGUUUAGUGAUUUGUACUUCGUAAUUGCUCUUUACACAAAUCUAGCAGUCAUCUACUUGACACAGAAGAACAAAGAAAAAUGUGCUCAUAUUUUUGACAAGGCUGCAUCUCUUCUCAUGGGAAUUCCCAACUACAUUUGCAGUGCUGACCUUGAGUCAGAUAUUCUGAAGUAUGCUCUGAAGAGGACAAUUUUGAGCCAGAACAAACAUGCGGAGGCAAGGGCAUGCUUUCUACUGGCAAAACACUACACUGCACGCAAACAGCAUGAAGAGGCACUGCCCUUCUUAGAAAGGCUGCAAUUGUUGCUUAAUGAUUUGGGUUUACAAAACAACUUAUCCAACAACUGUUAUUUCAAACUAGCAGAGUCCUACAAUGAGAAGUGUUUGCCACACAUUGUGUUAAGUUGCAUAAAAGUCUCCGCUUCCCAGAGCUCAAGUACUUUAAUGGAUUCCUUGAAAAGGAUUGAUUUAGUCAUCAAAAAUGCUCCGAAGCUCUAUGGCUUGAGAAAACUCAGACAAAUACUUCCAGCCCAAAUUGCACCUUACCUGAUACAAGCUCUUUCCUCUGCAUUUACAAAUGAGCGACAAGGACUGUGCAGCACCAUCUAUCUCAGCUUAGCAAAACUGUACAGCCACCACAAACAGUAUGGAAAAGCCAUUGUUUACAUGAUGAAAGCACUGGACUCUGAUACAUCUGUGAAGCCAGAGGAAACUAUUAACUAUUUGGUUUCACUUGCUUGGUUAUACAUUCUUUACAGGCAAUAUGAUGUGGCAGUAACCAUUUUAAAUACUGUUGUAGACUCCUCACAGAGCAAUCCUCAACAACUAGGUGUUGCUUAUAAUAUGCUUGCUAUUGCUUUGAAAAGAACAAACAACACAAAGGAAGCUGCUGAAAGCUGUUAUAAAGCUCUACAGCUUUCUGAAGAGGCAAAUAUGACCCAUAACCAAGCUAUAGCUCUGGCUAAUUUUGGGGCGCUCUGCCUGCAUGCAGCAGCCAAUAAGCUGGCAGAACAUUAUUAUAUCAAGGCAGUGAAGCUAUUCUCCAAACUUUCAAGCAUGGACUGUGGCCAAGAGUUUAUCCAAGUCCUCCUUCAACUGGGAUGUUACUACGUUAGUGGAAGGCAGAGAGAAAAGGGAAGGUUUUAUUAUGAAUGGGCAUUUUUAGUUGCAAUGGAGACAAGUCAUCUGGAAAGUCAGCUUCAAGCAAUUAAACUGCUGUGUCAGUUCUACAGUACGGUUGUUCCCAAUGAGGCUCAGUGUGUCAUCUACAAUGAAUAUCAACUAUCUUUAGCUAGAAAGAUGUCCAAUAAAGUUCUGGAGGGACAAAUUUUGGAAACCAUUAGUCAGCUCUACUUGUCUUUAGGAACAGAAAGGGCUUACAGAUCAGCUCUGGAAUAUACCAAAAGAAGCCUUGGAAUAUUUAUAGAUCUCCAGAAAAAAGAGAAGGAAGCAUACGCUUGGCUACGGGCAGGAAAGAUAUAUUAUGUUCUGAGGCAGAAUGAGCUUGUGGAUCUUUAUAUUCAGGUUGCUCAGGAUGCUGCUCUCCAUACAGGAGAUCCUAAUUUAGCAAUGGAAUUGUUUGAAGCUGCUGGAGACAUAUUUUUCAAUGGUACAUGGGAGAAGGAGAAAGCAGUGACUUUCUACAAGGACAGGGCUCUUCCACUUGCUGUUGAGAUUGGCAACAAAAACACAGAACUCAGAUUAUAUAAUAAACUGGUGGAAUUGCUGGUGAAUCUGAAGGUUUACGAGGAAAGUCUGGAAUAUGCAAAAGCAUCUCUUAUGCUUAGCGUAAAUUUAGGAAAUCAGCUAAAUGAACGAAUAGCUUAUCAUCGUCUGGCUGCCAUCCAUCAUCAUUUGGGUCACUGUGAACUAGCUGAACACUUUUAUUUAAAGGCCUUGUCCCUCUGUUCCUCUCCCCUGGAGUUUGAGGAGGAAACAUUGUAUUAUGUCAAGGUGUACUUGAACUUAGGAGACAUAAUAUUCUAUGAUCUUAAGGAUCCCUUUGAUGCAGCAGGCUAUUAUCAUUUGGCACUCGCUGCUGCCAUGGAUUUGGGCAAUAAAAAAGCUCAAUUGAAGAUUUACACAAGACUUGCAAUAAUCUAUCAUAACUUUCUUGUGGAUCGGGAAAUGUCUCUCUUCUUCUAUCAAAAGGCAAGAACCUUUGCAACAGAGCUGAAUGUUAGAAGAAUAAAUCUAGCUCCUGAUCAGUGUUAUAAGAGUUUAUAAACAACUUUGAAACAAUGCAGUCUAGCAAUUACAGAAGUAGUUAGAGAAAUAUUACACAGGUUUGGCAGGAGCAUGCGGAAUGCUCCUGUCUCAUACUGUUCAGUGUCUCAUACUGCAUGUGCUGUGAGCAGGAGUUCAGCAUCCCAAGAUAAAUUACCUGUUUUCAAGACAGUGGACUGCAUUUUAUCAUCUAAGAUGAUAAAACAUCUUGCACUUGUUAUCUGAGGAUCAGACCAUGAACUAAAACCAAAACCCAUCAGCCUUUAUUAUUUUUUAAUAUUAUUUUUUCUUUGCUAUCUUUUUUUUGCCUAGCUGCAUAUUAGAAAAUGAUCAAUGUAUACAUGUGAUGAAAAGUAUUUAAUAAAGCAUUAUAGAGAAAUAACACUCCGUACAAACUGGCUUUCUUUGUAUGACCUAGUUCUUGUUUGACCUACCUCUAUUUAAUUGUAAUUGAUGCCAAAGAAGUAUUUGCACAAGCAUGUUAGAUACAGUAUUUGAGAACUGGUUUGAUCCAGUUCCCUAGCAAUCACCCCUCAUUUCCCAACAAACUAACCUACUGCAGAACUCAGAGCUUCUAAUUAUCUCUAAAAUUCUGAUGUUGUAUGUUGUAAAAACUAACCAGUGCUCAGAAAUGAAGUCUCUGGUAAUAUGCAUGUUGUUCCAUGGAUUUCAUUUGUCAUGUGAAGGCUCUCUUUCUCUCUUUUCAAAGACAUUUUUAAUUGACCUUUUUCAGAAUUGUCAAUGUUGUUUGCAAUGACUUACUACAGGAUUUCCUGCCAUUUUACAUAUAUUUACAUUAUGUUCAGAAAAAUGCAUUCUUUCAUGUUAGUUGCAAAAAUACUAGGUUGUUAAUUUUGGUAGUUCUAAAUCUUUAUGCCUCAAAACAUUUGCAUACUAAAGCUUUAUGAGAAAUGACAUUGUAGACUGUAUAUACUGAAGGUGUAUAUCUACAAAAAAAGUCUGUUAAAGUUUCAAUUAAAACAUUCAGAGAAAAUUUGAAAUCA